AUGGAAAUGAACAUAAUAGUCGUUAGCGCCUAUGCGCCUCAUGCGGGCCUAGAUGAGGAGGCUAAAUGUCGCUUUUGGGAGGAGUUAGAUGAGAUUAUGCGUCAGGUACCACCUGUUGAGAAGUUAUUCAUAGGAGGGGAUUUCGAUGGUCAUAUUGGGUCGACCACAGGUGGGUAUGACGAAGUGCAUGGAGGCUUCAAUUUUGGGGAGAGGAACGGAGGAGGAACCUCAUUUCUGGACUUCACUAAGGCUUUUGGGUUGGUGAUUGUAAACUCUAGCUUUCCGAAGAGGGAGGAGCAUUUGGUUACUUUUCAAAUUGCGGUGGCGAAGACUCAGAUUGACUUCUCCUCCUUAGGAGGCGUGAUAGAGGGUUCUGAAAGGAUAGCAAGGUGA